AUGCCCUUGCUGGGCGAACUCUACAUCGGUGGCCCGGGCUUGUCUUUUACCCGGUCUAUGCUCAUGUCGUCACCCUGCUUGCUUCCAGUCUCGGCUGACUUUAAUGGUGAUGGUGUGCUGGACGUCGUCAUCUCAUCGCCCGGCGUCAUUUCGGUCUUCCUCGCUCCAGGAUCGGUCGGAAGCUGGGAUCCGCCGCUGGGCAGUACGUCAGGGCAUAUUGCUGGCGCGGCAACUGCCUCAGAGUCUAUUCUGACGGUCGACAUGGACCUCGACGGGGAUCUGGACCUGAUUGUGGCCGACCCGACCGACGCCCUGGUGAUUUGGUACGCAAACGAUGCGGGAGACGGCACGACGUGGUCGCCCAACGUCAUUGUGCCGCCGAUUCUGGGUGUUGCACCGCUAGGCAUGGCAUGGGCAGACCUCAACAAUGACGGGUUUCCGGACGUGGUGGCCUCGCUGGCACUCUCGCAGGUUGUGGCCAUUGUGCUAAGCCCGGGCUCUACGUCAUACACCGCCGCCGACGUGCGGAUGUUUCCGACAGCGUACGCAGCACGCGGGCUGGCGCUCAUCGACUUGGAUGCCGACGGUGAUCUGGAUCUGGUGGUAGCGCCCGGCUCGAUCAAGACCGAGUUGGCCAUUGCAUACCACGAGAACACCGGCAACGGCGUGUUUUCGUCGGUCAUCCUCACCUCGCCGGCCAACGGCCGCCAGGUUGGCAUGGUCCUGCCGUUUGACGCCGACGGCAACGGCGUUGACGACGUCAUUUCGUGCGAGGUCGACGCCUUUCCUGUUCUCUACUCCAAAAUCUCCCUUGUUGAGGGCACUCCGGUCACGGGGCCUUUCCUGCGCGAAGCGUUUUACACAGCGCGGCGCGCCGAGAACGUGGCCGCGGGCGAUGCCAACUCGGACGGCUUCACGGACCUCAUAUUUGCGGCGUUUGGCGUCAGCGGCGAGCCAACGAUCCGAGUUGUCGAACUCCUGCCUGUCGCUCCGUUCUCGCAGCUGCCGGUUGAGGUUGCGCUUGACAAUGCCGUCUCGCGUGUCUCGAUGUGGGCACUAGGCGAUUUGGACGGCGACGGCGAUGUUGACGUUGUUGUUGGUGACGCAGUCGCCGGCGUGAUCACCUGGGCUGUUGCCGACGCGUCGGGCGGCUUGGCAGCAGCAGCAGCGCCUCUGGCUACGUUUGUGCCGGGCACGAUUGUGAGCGUUGCAGUGGCAGACAUGACCGGCGACGCAGCGCUCGACAUUGUGGCUUGCCUCGCCGAUGGCAACGUCACGUUUGUGGUCUCAGAAGGCCGCGGGCAGUUUGGCGCUGCAGCGCGCGCCGCGAGCGAUGUCCUUGGCUCGGGCGCUGUGCCGAACGCCAUGAUCCUCGCCAACCUCAACGGUGACGACAUGGUGGACGUGCUCGCGUGGAACGCGGCUCGCAUCGGCGUGGCACUCAACGAUGGGAGCGGCAACUUGCUUACGCCGCAGCUGCUGCCGGCGGCCACCGGCACCAUCGCACACGUCUGUGUCGCCGACGUUGACAGUGACGGCGACGACGACGUUGUCUUUGCCGAUGCAGCAGGAGGUACUAUUUACGCUGCGGCACAGACGAGCCCUGGCGUGUUUGCGGCGACGGCAUCAGCUCUGGUCACCGGCGAAGCUGGUGUGGCGUUUGUGGCGCUCGCUCACAUCAAUGGCGACGACGCGCUCGACCUGGUGUGGCACGCCGCGGGCGCGAGCUUUUCCUGGUCGGCCAACGUAGCCGGAGCGUUCCCCGGCCCUGUUUCGAGUCACGCGACGCCGAGCCCUGUGGUCUCACUCGCACUCCACGACGAGACCGGCGAACGGCGGAGUCAUGUGGUUGUCUCGCUAGCGACGGCAGCGUACUGGUGGAUCAACGCGCCGCGAACAGGGCUUGGUGCCAGCAUCCAUGUCGUGGCGCAGGGCCUGACGAGUGUCCACAGUGGACGGGCGCACGAUGUCAACGGCGAUGGCGUGAGCGAUGUCAUGUUUGUGGACGACAACACGCUGUACCACGUGAGCGUAGCACGGCUGGAGGUGGGCGCCGGGCGCAACGCGGCGAACGUGCUCUCGUUUGACCACGCCGAGUGCGGCGGCGUGGUCUCGAGUGUCGCUUGCCUCUCUGCGGCGCUGGCGCGGACGUCUGGGUGUGUGGGAGUGACUCGGCGCUGGCUCCAGGUCCCGGCGCGGGUGACGGCGCCGUUUACCCGAUGCCACACGACGCACGGACCGCUGCGGGUCCGCGGCUCGUUCAAUAUGAGGCUUGCACCGGGCCAUCCCGGCGGAAUGGCGAUCGACUGCGGCCAGAGCGGCGGGCAACUGUUUGUCAUCAGCGCCGGCGUCCGGGCUGUGGUGGCCGGCAUUGACAUCCGCGGCAUGCGAUCGUCGACCUUGCCCGACAUCAAGGAAGGGUCGACCGGGAUUCGAGUCGAGGGCUUGGGCGCCCACCUCGAGUUGCACAAUCUUGAGGUGAGAGGGUGCUCGUCUGCAGACGCGUUGACCUUUCACGCGCACUCUGGGAUCGGCGGCGCUGUGGCGGUUGUCGAUGGUGGCUCGUUUGUGGCCUCGGGUGUUGUCUUUCGCGACAACACCGCCGGCGCGGCCGGCGGAGCUGUUGGGGCCCAGGGUGGCAGCGUCAAGCUCACGUUUACAGACGUGCUCUUUGCGAGCAACGUCGUGGCCGACACAGUCGGCGUUCAAGAGGGCGGCGGCGCAGUGUCGAUCUUGGACGGCUCGUCGAUGGUUGUGGCCAUGACCAACGUCACCUUUUCCGGUAACUCGGUGGCUACCGGCUCGGGAGGGUGCCUUGAAGUGGCGGCGCUGACGACACGUGUGGUCAUGCACAACGUCGAGUUUGAUGGCUGCAGCGCGAGCAAUGGUGGCGGCGGAGCAGUGUCGAUUGUGGGCCCAUCGACGCUGGUGGUGACACUGUCGGGCACCUUGUCGCGGAUUGUCAACUCGACGGCAGCGUACGGCGGCGGAGUGGCGGUGGCGACCAAGGACGUGCUGCCACAGACUCUGGGCGGGUCCGGCAUCGCCACCGAGGUCGGCACGCUUGGGGCGUCGUUCACCAUGAGCGACGGUACGUUUGGCGACAGGCUCUCGGCCAUGUACGGCGGUGCAGCGUUUGUGUGCAACGGAGUGCUCGACUUGCAGCAGGCGAUCCUGACGGGGGCAUCGAGGGCGGAAAACGCAGGCGGGUUUUGUUUCUUUUGCUCGAUCUACGAGUCUAGGUGGCUGGUUGUCGGCAGCGAGGCCGGGCACACAGCGACUGUGACGCGGGGGUUCAACGCGCGGCUGGCGACGCCGCCGACCGCGGCGCACUGGAUAACUGCGCUGCCGAGCAGUGCGAUGUCCGGACUGGCGUUUGGCAGUGGAGCCGUGGCGUUCACCGACAGCUUUGGUAACCCGGUGCUCGAUCCGCUAACCAAGGCAUCACUGUCUGUGACCAACGGCGGCUCGUUUGUGGUCAACGAGCUCCUGGCCGGGAGCGCGUUUUCGGCGGCGCUUGGCGGCAUGUCGCUGGCCGACGGCGCGGUGGCGGCACGGAGCGCAGCCGAUCUGGGAACAGACGCAAUGUUGCGGGUCGGGGUCUUUCUCGGCACCAACCCGAGUGUGUAUGUGGACGGAAGGGUGCGGAUUGGGGCAUGUGAGGCGGGCUAUGGCGCGACGGCAACGUUCCCUGACCCGCUGGUGUGCUCGAUCUGCCUCGGCCUUACGUUUUCGAACGAGACUUCGGCGGCGGCAUGCCAGCCCGAGGUGACCUGUGGUGGCGACGCGGUGGCAAUCAAUGGAGUGUGUCAGGUGUGUCCGGCCGGGACCGACCGGUUGUACGACGAAGCGCGCGUGCCGGGAGCAUGCGAGUGCCGUGACGGAUAUUGGACGCCGCUACAGCGCCAGGACGUGGCGUGCGCGGCGUGUCCGGACGGGGCAAGUUGCCCAGGUGGGGUGGAACUGCCUGUGGCGCGUGAAGGCUGGUUCCCGACGGGCGCUGUGACGGACGGGGCGUUCCACAAGUGUGUGAUCAAGGAAGCGUGUUUGGCCGGCGGCGUGUGCAGCGGCGGGUAUCUGGAUGGCAGCUACAUGUGCAAGGACUGCGCAGAGGGAUACUUUCGCAACUCACUUGGCGGGUGCUCGAGCUGCCCGACCGGCUCGUCGAACCUUGUUUUUGUCCUCUUUGGCAGUGUGGUUGCUGGCGCGGUGGCUGCUGUCCUGCUCGCGUGGUGGACGUAUCGGCAGUUUGUGGCGAGCGAGAGCACGAUGGCGUCGACGCUCGAGGGCGAUGGCGCGGGCGAAGCGACGACGUUUGGCAAGCGGACCAAGGUUGUUCCGCACUCGCUCUCUGUCCUCCUUAUCUACCUGCAGAUCAUCAACAUUGUGGGCUCUGCACCGUUCAACUGGCCGCCGCUUCUGGAGAAGACGAUGCUGUACUCGCGAGUUGCCAACGUGGACAUGUCGCUGUUUGCGACCGGAUGCAGCAUUUCCUCGUUCUACUCGCGGUAUGUGAUGGGCGUUCUGCUCCCACUGCUGUUUUUUGUGGUGACGGUUGUGCUUGUGGUCAUGUUCCGGAUCUGCGGGUGUCUCGCGACGCCGGUGACAAUGGAGCCUAUCUCGACGUGGGCAGUGGUGGGCCGGCUGGUGUUUACGGUUGGCCCGCUCUUCUACAUCCCGCUCUGCUCGUCGACACUGAUCUUCUUUGACUGCACGCUCCUCCCAAACGGCGGGUGGUACCUAGACGCCGAUCUGGAGACGGCUUGCUUUGACGCCGAGUGGUGGCAGUAUAUGCCGGUAGCGGCCGGGGCGGUGGUGGCGUAUGUGGUGGCGAUGCCGACACUGUUUGCGGUGACGCUUGUGCGGCAUCGGGCGGAGCUCGACGACCCGCGGACGAUUCUCAAGCUCGGGCCGAUUUACAACCUGUACCGGCGACACUACUACUACUACGAGCUUGUGCUGCUGGGAAAGCGGCUGGCGAUUGUCUCUGCCGCACUGUUCUUCUCGAAUCUGGAGGUGUGGCUCUUCCUCGCGCUGGCGAGCAUUUUCCUCUCCUCGCUCAUGUUCCAGAUCCGGCACGAUCCGUUCUACCAGCCGCUGCACAACCGGGUCGAGUCGUUCCUCAACGCUACAGUAACGACGCUCAUCUUUUUGGGCAUGAUGUUCUGGGCGGACGACUUUCCGAACCACGAGUCGUACAGUGUGGUGCUUGUGAUCUCGAUGGUGAUGCUUGUGGCGUCGGUGGUGUUUGUGGCGACGAUGGCGGUGCAGGAGGUGAUCAACACGCACCACGUGUCGGCGGCCGUCCGCGACCGCGACUCGGCGGUGCUUGGAACUCAAGAUGCGGUCUUUGUCGAUCUUGUCAAGCGGUACGCGCCGGAUCUCGAGAACGUGCAGCUUGCAGCGGCAGUCAGUGAGGCCGUCGACAGUCGUAGUCUGACACGCGGCGGCUCGUCCUCGAUUUACGGCGGAUGGGGCCCGCCCACAACUUCGCCCACAACUGCGCCAGGUGAGCGGGGGGCAAUGCCGACAUCCGAACCAGGCGCAGCAGUAGCCGCGCGCAGUGGAGGCGGACUCAAGCGCCGAUCGCAAGCCGCCAGCACUACCCGCAGCAACAACGCCAGUCAUCGUGGACGUGCAUCGCAGACCUGGACUGGCACCAGUCGGUUUGGCGCGUUCUCGUCUUCAUCGCCUGUAUCAAGCAGUGACGAUGAGUAUGACGACGAUGAUGCUAGUGGCUCGCGAUCGGGAGGCAUUGCACUGCGGCAAGUGCUAGCAGCAGAGGCAACUGAAGCUGGGGCGGCGUUGGCAAAGGCAGUGGCGGAUGGGAAGGAGUGGAACCAUCACACGAUUGGGUGCGGCAAGGUGCGGACGGGGCUGUUUGAUGCCGUGGUGUGCUUUGAAAAGAGAUAUGCGGAGCUGUCGCGCGAUGUGGCAAGUCCGAUCGAGCUGGCGUUUACCGUUGUCGAGCGAGUGUUUGCCAAGAGCGAAGACGUGCCGCAUGUAGAGAAGGAUCAGCCGGGAAGCAAGCCGUACACAUGCGGCGAUUCGUGGGCGAUGCGGUGGGAGCAUGCCGGAACUGGAGCGUCGUUUGCGCCAGUCUCGAUCACGGCCGACGCAAAGAACUGCGAUCGGUACGUGGUGAAGAUGUACUUGCCGCCGCUCGCCGGGUCGUACGGACUCGACAUGCGGCUGCUUCACGUCGACGGGAGCGGGAUGGCAGAUCCACGGCCGGAUGAGAUGGAGCGGCUCGCGUUUCCGAAUCCCGAGGCGCUGCCCGAGGCCGGGCCGUUUGGCUUUAACGUGAAGCUGGAGACGAUUGACGACGAUUCGCCGCUGGGGCUUCUCCAUGUGAUGGCGUGGGAGGGAUGGGAGGCGCGGAGCCGCGACGACCCGGUCUGCACGGGCGCGCGUGGCUUUCGCGAGAACGAGCGGUUCGGAUGGUGGCUGCCGCCAAUCGACGGCGAGACGCCGGACUUUCCGCGGCUCGGGCUGCAGUACUAUCACGUGAAUGGCUGUCCCGUAGGGCGGACAGCAUCGACUGAGUUUAGCAAGUGCAUGGCGGACACGGCGCUUGAUGUACUCGGCGAGUCGAUUGGUGGGCAUGUGGCGAACCUGGCGCUCCAGCACGUGGUCUCGCUCGAGGUGGACAAGCUAGAGCGUGGCGAGCAGCGCGGAGUCGGGAUCGGACGGUACCACCAGCAUCCGUCGAUGAUGACGCGGGCGGAUCCGCUGUUUGCCGGGCGAAACCCGCCGCCCGGUGAGGCUGGCGGGUGCCGGCGGUUCUCUGGGCAUGGGCUGAUGGUGACGGAGCCGAUGGUGCUCCGGGGCCAAGUCCCGCGCGACGAGGCCGAGUUUUUGGCUGUGAUCAUGGGCGCGAACGACGCGAUGCGAGAGACGCUCGAGAUCUGGGAGCAACGGUGGACGACGCUGCUCGACAAGCUGGAGGAGCGCGGAUGGGGAGGGACGCUGGUGCUGUUCACGACGCCGGUGCGGCGGUACAAGGCGACAGCCGAGGGCGACGCGUCAAUCCGAGCCGGCAAGAAGGACAAGUACGAUGUGGAGAUAUUUGGUGGCCGGCUCCUCGGUGCCGACGCCGAGAUGCAGCACGAGGAGCGGCCACUUGGCAGGGUGGCGGCUGAGUCUGCGGUCGGGAGUGGAUUCCGCGUCCGCGACCGGGCGCGGCACACGUCGAGCUCGCCGCGGUCUUCCACGCCGCGGUUUUACAACACAUAUCCGCGGGUCAAGGCCUUUUCCCAGCGGGCGAUCGAUAUUGUCAGCAGUCGGUUGCCCGAGUCGAGACGGGCACUCGUCGACUUUGAGGCGAUCACUGAUGGCCUCCAUCCUGACUACUGCCGCGAUGGUGUCCACUACUGCGCGUUUUCCGAGUCGCUCUGGCCGUAUCUCGCCAACAAUCAGCACUGGCCACACUGUGGACCGACACAUGCUGCCGCCGAUUUGCUCUUUACUCGUGUUUGUGGCCUGCGAUCGAAGUAA